CCUCUGCUUCAAACUCCAAAAGCACGCACAGGGGUCAUGACACUGCGACAGCGAAUGUGGAAUUGUAUUGCAGUUCCAAGUGUCGUGAUUGUGGGAAUUGCAGCUUGCGCAGCCUUCCAUGAGGAGACCGCCACUAUGAUUCAACAGCUUGAGCUUAUGAGCACACAGGCUCAUGAUCAGGAGGCGGAAGACGACCAGAUGGAAAGCAACAGUGUGCAUUUUCGGUUGCAAUGGGACGACAGCGCAAAUGCCAUCCUCUCGGGCAAGAAAGUUAACGUGCACCGAUUUGUUGCUGGCGGGCGUGCCUGGAAAGUUGUCAUUUGGCUGCGCGAUGGUGGCGAAGUUGGCUUCUAUGUUACACGUCAGGGACACCGCGCCCAAAUGCCAUUCACAAUUGAGAUCAAAAAAUGUUUCGAAUCGACCGCUCUGGAAGUUUUGGCAAAAGAGAGCUUCGGUGACUGGGGAAGUAUUGCAGUUGACGGCAAAGGGCCUGUCAUCCCGCUUGCCAUGCUUCGAGAUGUGGAAGCUCUUGACAUCACCAUCACAAGAGAUGGCCCGCUGAGACGUGCAAAACUUCCUUGGCUUGACGCAGAAUGA